AUGUUUACACAGAUUCCUCUGAUUGAUUUUGGUCCUUUUCUUCAUGGAACGGACGAAGAUCGACAACAUGUUGCUGAUCAAAUUGGUGAAGUUUGUCAUAACGUUGGCUUUUUCUACUUAUCUAAUCAUGACGUACCGUCAUCAUUAGUUGAGCGUGUGUACAAAGAAGCCGAACGAUUCUUUGCUCAAUCUAUCGAAGAAAAAAUGAAAUUAUAUAUUGGCUCAUGCCCUUACAAAAAUAAUCGUGGUUAUACACCCAUGCUCGAAGAAAAAUUAAGCCCGAAAGGUGAUCUGAAAGAAGGAUUUGAUUUGGCUAUGGAAUUACCAGCUGAUGAUCAAGAUCGAACAGACCGCGAUGCAACAUUAUACGGACCUAAUUUCUGGCCAGAGAAUCUUCCCGGAUUUCGUGAAUGUAUUUACGAUGAAUAUUAUCUAAGUAUGGUGGUAUUAGGUCAUCGCGUUCUCGAAGCAUUUGCCUUAUCUCUUCACCUACCAUUCGAUUAUUUUAAGUCAAUGUGUCGAAAACCGAUGGUAACAAUGCGCUUACUUCAUUACCCGUCUCAACCGAUUGUAUACGAUGAAGAUCAACUUGGUUGUGGUGCACAUACAGACUAUGAAUGCUUUACACUUCUGUCGCAGUCAAAUCAAUCAGGUUUACAAGUAUUAAAUAAUCAAGGCCAAUGGGUGAAUGCCACACCAAUCCCGAAUACAUUCGUUGUAAAUAUUGGUGAUUUAAUGCAACGUUGGACGAAUGAUCAAUUCAAAUCAACAACUCAUCGUGUUAUUAACACAAGUGGAACAGAACGGUAUUCAAUUCCGGUCUUUUUUGGACCUGAUUUCUUCGCCGAAAUCAAAUGUUUAAGUAAAGAUCAAAUCCCAAAAUAUGAGCCAGUGGUUGCAGGAAAAUAUUUAAUUGGAAGAUUUGACGAUACAUAUCAGUAUAGACAAACUAAUUCACAAUCUUCACCAAAUUCUACGUUGUAA